CCCACACUCACGCGCACUCAAACCGAGUUGGAAUUUUUUGUUACUUGCUGGUCAUUUUUCACGGCUGUGCGACUAAUUUAAUUUGAACACUAGAGUCCAAGUAACAAUAAUAAGUGCUUUAAUCAGACGCAGCGGGCAACAUUGCAGAAUUUAGUAGCUUUCGGAGUGCAAAAUGUAAAUUUCUGAAUUCCUGGCGUGAGGGGUUCUCCAUUUCGCAUACAUAUAUGCCUGUGCAGCCGCGUGUGCAUGUGUGGAGUUUUAUAAACUAAAGCACGAGUGUAAACUUGCGUGCAUUAAUUAUAAAAUUAAAAGAAAAGUUUCGUAUUAAAUCGAUUUCCUGUGCCGAGUGUUUGCAUGUGUUUGUUGCAAAUGUAAGAAGAGGAAGCAGCAGCUCACGCGCUACUCUCUUCCUCUCUCUUCUCCCUCCCCUCAUUUUGCUCUAUUAGCAGCUGAAAGUAUUAGCCGCAAUAAAUUCAAAAUUUCCCAGAAAUCUGCUAGUUGGCGGAAGUAAGAAAUAAAGUAAAAGUCUCAAAAACCGGAAUCAACUUCAGCUAUUAAACAAGUGAUAUCCAGAAAAAACUCCGGGAGUUACGUGGCAGACGUGAAUUACCGGCCCAGAUAACUCAAACAGAUAGCUCAAUUUCUCUACCCUAGAACUCGAGCGCAUUUGCCGCUUGCGGGGAUACCAAAUGUAUAGACAACAUAUGUCGCAUCCACGAGCAGUCCAGGACCAAGAGUUGCGACCCCGACCGUUCGUUGCAUAUUACAUACGCUCAUAGAGGGCGGUCAAUCACCCAAAGCAGCCAGAGAGUCCUUGCACUUGGGCAGGGAUACAGGGAGCCACAGAGUGCUUAGCAAGCAGCAGCACAGGAGCACAAGAGGCACCGCCGAGAACAGAGCAACGAAGAAGAUGAUGAAACGCACCCGUGUCGACGAGGUGCAGUUCGGCACGCGACCCGGUCCACCGACAUCCGGUGGCGUGGGCGUAGGAGUCGUGGGCGUGGCCGGAGGAGGGUCAGCGUCUGGCAGCGGUGGCACCACCACCGUAGGCGUCAAUACGGCGGGCGUGACAAUUGGAACCGUUGUGCCCGGAGCUGCCCACAAUGCCACCAUUAGUGGCAUCGGUUCCAUUCACCAUCGCAUCCUUACGCCGCAGCAUGGAGGAGCCCAGACCAUUGCCUACUUGCCGUCCACUACACCGACGGCUACGAAUUUGAAGACCACGAGCUCGAUUGUGGACAGCACUAGCGCUGUAGGAGCAGGAGCCCAGGUGGCCGUAGGAGUAGGCGCUGGAGCAGGCGGUGGGGGUGUAGUGGUCUCCACGGGCAGCACCGGCACCCAAACAUUACAGUAUACCACAUCUUAUAGCGUGGCUUCCAUUCAGGCGGGUGGAACUCUCAAAACCAGCUCAGCGGAUGGCGGAAACACAGUACAGAUUCAUGUAACCGGAGGAGCAGGAGCGAGCAAUCCCGCUAGCGCCCAGACCGUUUCCAGCAGCUCACAAACUGGCACAAUCCGCCAGCGCACAAUCAGCGGCACCCAGACGGUGGCCACCGCCGUGGGUAAUCUGGCCACGAUGUCCCAGCAACAGCCUGUUCAGCAGCCACCUUUGGCCACAGCCCAAACACCUCCAUCGUCCGUGGUUGCCAACAGUAUCCCAGUGGGUGGAACCACUCCACCGCAGGGCCAAUCGGGCAAUGCCACGCCGCGCUUGAAAGUCGAGGAUGCUUUGAGCUACCUGGACCAGGUGAAGUACCAGUAUGCGGACCAGCCGCAGAUCUACAACAACUUCCUCGACAUCAUGAAGGAGUUUAAGUCGCACUGCAUCGACACACCCGGAGUUAUUGAGCGAGUCUCCACGCUCUUCAAGGGACAUACGGAGCUGAUCUACGGCUUCAACAUGUUUCUGCCACCUGGCUACAAGAUCGAGAUACAUUCGGACGCUCUCGGCUGCUCGGUACCGGUGGUAUCGAUGCCCUCGCCCCCUGGAGCGCCAUCGAGCACGGGAACGGUGCACAUGCUCACCGGAAGCAGCCCAAUGACAGCUGCCGGACAUAUCGCCAUCAAGACGACCAAUGCGGCAACUUUGACAGCGGCAUCAGGAGCUGGAGCAGCGGCCGCAGCAGCAGCUGUGGCCCAGAUUCAAUCCGCUGGAGCUGUAAAUCUUAUGACUCACGGCGGAGCAUCGCUUACCCAGACCACCAUCCAUGCGCUGCAGCAGCAGGCAACGCCACCUGCGUCGCAGUCGCCAGGUCAUGUCCACGUAAGUGUGACCAACUCACCGGCGCCAACAGCCGUAGGCCCUGGUCAGCAGCCACCGGGCAUCUCCGUAUCGGCGCACAACGUGCCGCAGAACUAUUCAAGAGACCGAGAAAGGGCCACCAUAACGCCCACAGGCCAAGUGGCUGGUUCAGCAGCCAGUGCAAAUGCCACCGCCAGUAUUGUGGUCGGCGGACCUCCAACGCCCAAUUCCUUAAGCGAGUUAAGCCCACACGGAGGAGCGGGAGGUGGGCCAGGAGCGGUAGCGGCCCAGCACAAUCUGCAUCACAUCCAGCAGGCGCACCAAUCGAUUCUCCUGGGCGAGACGGGCCAGCAGAAUCAGCCGGUGGAGUUCAAUCACGCCAUAACCUAUGUAAAUAAGAUCAAGAACCGUUUCCAAAACCAACCGGCAAAGUACAAGAAAUUCCUGGAGAUUCUGCAUGCCUAUCAAAAGGAGCAGAAGGUGAUGAAGGAGGGCAGUCUAAACCAGGGCAAAAUGCUCACCGAACAGGAGGUGUACACGCAAGUUGCAAAACUCUUUGGCCAGGAUGAGGAUUUGCUGAGAGAGUUUGGCCAAUUUCUGCCCGACGCUACCAAUCAUCAGGCUGGGCAGUACAUGGCAAAAUCAGCGUCCGUGCACAACGAUCAUGGCAAGCAACGACCCACGGCCACUUUGAGCGGUGGAGCCCACAUUACCAUGUCAUCCGCAUCGCCAGCACCAGGUGGUUCCCCUCUGCAUUUGGGUGGCGGCGGUACGACGCUGCCACAGAUCGACAACAGUGCCCAUGCUGCGGCCAUCGGAAAUCUGUCGGCGGUGAAUACCAGUGUGAGCAUUAAGACGUACAACAAUAAUCAGCAGCAACAGCAGAAUCAUGUGAUUGGAUCAGGCCUGAACGCGACGACGCGAAACGAUGUCCUCUUCGAGAAGGACUAUCACUCAGGUCUGCAGCAGCAAGCGCAUCAGCGAGGAGCUGGAGUGGGCGGCCAUCACCAUCUCGCCGGUACGCCAGCGGGCACCAAUCUCGGUCGGCCUGGUGUAGGAGCCAGUGUAAUGGUGGCGUACGACAAAGAGCAUCGGAAUAACCAUCAUGUGCAGAAGUACGUCGGCCACGUGCCCAAUCCGAAUCUCUCGCAUGGCCACAAUGCCAAAAAGUCACCAAGUUAUGGUAUCACAUCGGUGAUUGGUUCCAUGCCGCACAUGUCGGACAAUUCCCUCGAUCGCAGCUCGCCGGGGAUCAGUUACGCCACGCCGCCGCUGCCCUCUGGUCACCAUGGUCAGCAUAAUUCCGGUUCAGCUUCGAGAAGGCCGGGCGAUGACAGUUUGGCCGGACACUAUGCUAGUGGAGCACCGCCUGCUAAGCGACCGAAACCAUAUUGUCGGGAUGUCAGCUUCUCGGAGGCAUCGAGCAAGUGCACCAUCUCCGACGCCGCCUUCUUCGACAAGGUACGAAAGGCCCUACGAAGUCCCGAGGUCUACGACAACUUCCUGCGAUGCCUGACUCUGUUCAACCAGGAAAUCGUUUCCAAAACAGAGCUGCUCGGUCUGGUAUCUCCGUUCCUUAUGAAGUUCCCCGACCUGCUGCGAUGGUUCACCGACUUUCUGGGCCCGCCUUCAGGUCAACCCGCCGGUGGAAUGAUCGAUGGCAUGCCCUUGCCUGCCACGCAGCGUCAGGGAGGCGGAAGCAGCAAUAGUUCUCACGAUCGAGGCAGCAGUCACCAGAGUGCCGCCGAGUACGUUCAGGAUGUGGAUCUGUCCUCGUGCAAGCGACUGGGUGCAUCAUAUUGUGCGCUGCCACAGUCCACAGUGCCCAAGAAGUGUAGCGGACGAACGGCUCUCUGUCGGGAGGUGCUCAACGACAAGUGGGUCUCCUUUCCGACGUGGGCCAGCGAAGAUUCCACCUUUGUGACAUCGCGGAAAACUCAGUUCGAGGAGACAAUCUACAGGAAUAUUCACAGAACGGAGGACGAGCGCUUCGAGCUGGACCUGGUAAUCGAGGUGAACAGUGCCACGAUUCGGGUGCUGGAGAACGUGCAGAAGAAGAUGUCGCGCAUGUCCACCGAGGAGUUGGCAAAGUUCCACCUGGACGAUCAUCUGGGUGGCACAUCCCAAACGAUACACCAGCGGGCCAUCCAUCGCAUCUAUGGCGACAAAUCCGGCGAGAUAAUCCAGGGCAUGAAGAAAAACCCCUCGGUGGCAGUGCCUAUUGUACUGAAGCGACUGAAAGUCAAGGAGGAGGAGUGGCGAGAAGCGCAAAAGACGUUCAACAAGCAAUGGCGGGAACAGAACGAGAAGUAUUACCUCAAGUCUCUCGAUCACCAAGCCAUCAACUUCAAGCCCAACGACAUGAAGGCCCUGCGCUCCAAGAGUCUCUUCAACGAGAUCGAGACGCUGUAUGAUGAGCGGCAUGACCAGGAGGACGAAGCCAUGGAGCCGUACGGGCCACAUUUGAUGCUGCCCUACAAGGACAAGACCAUACUGGAUGAUGCCGCCAAUCUGCUGAUCCACCACGUCAAGCGACAGACGGGCAUUCAGAAGCAGGAGAAGCAGAAGAUCAAGCAGAUCAUCCGACAAUUUGUGCCUGACCUCUUCUUUGCGCCACGGCAGCCGCUGAGCGACGAUGAGCGAGAUGACGCCUUUCCAUUUUUGGUAGAUGACAAUACGAAAAUGGACGUGGACUCGCCACUGGGUCGCACGGAGUCGUCGGUCCGGAAUGCCAAGAGUACGCCCAGCGAAGGUGCCUCUCCGGCACGCAGUAAUGCAAGCAGCGGCAGCGGUACUCCGGCGGGAAUCAAGAAAGAGACUGACGAUUUAAAGGCGACGAGUGGAUCGGCUGGAGCGGCGUCUGCGACAACGUCUUCAUCAGCGACGCCGGCGGACGAUGCAACUCCAUCUACAUCCUCAGCAGCGGCGGCAGCAGCAGCGGCAUCAUCAUCAUCAUCUGCAUCCGGAUCCGAGGCCAAGGCGAAGGAAGAUCCCCUCUCCACCCACAGAGACGAAGGUGCCAGCAGCAGCAGCACCUCCGGAGUUGUCUCGAGUCCCAGGCAAGCACAGGACUCGACAGUAGCUGGCAGCGAUGUGGAAAUCAAGCUGGAGCAUACGGCGGACUUUGCCAAUCCCAAGCUAUUGCCACCUCACGCACACGGGCAGCAUGACGACGAAUCCUACUCGCUUUUCUUCGCCAACAACAACUGGUAUUUAUUCCUGCGGCUCCAUGCGAUCCUGUGCGACCGUCUGCACGUCAUGUACGAGCGGGCCCGCCUGCUGGCGAUCGAGGAGGAGCGCUGUCGCGUGAACCGAAGGGAGAGCACGGCCACUGCGCUUAGGUUAAAGCCCAAGCCGGAGAUCCAAGUGGAGGACUACUAUCCGACCUUCCUUGACAUGCUGAAGAACGUCCUAGACGGCAAUAUGGACUCGAACACUUUCGAGGAUACAAUGCGGGAAAUGUUUGGAAUCUAUGCCUACAUCUCUUUCACGUUGGAUAAGGUUGUCUCGAAUGCCGUUCGCCAGCUGCAAUACUGUGUGACAGAGCGAGCCGCCCUCGAUUGUGUGGAGUUGUUUGCUUCGGAGCAAAGGCGCGGCUGCACCGGCGGACUCUGUCGGGAUGCCCACAAGACCUUUGACCGGGAGAUGACCUAUCAGCGGAAGGCGGAAAGCAUUCUUAACGACGAGAACUGCUUCAAGGUGUACAUUUACAAAAUCGAUUGCCGAGUUACCAUCGAGCUGCUCGAUUCCGAGCCCGAGGAGGUGGACAAGCCGGCUGCGCUGAAGGCCCAGAAGUUUAGCAAAUAUGUGGAACGAUUGGCGAAUCCGGCGCUCGGCAGCGGCGGAGGGAACAGUGCCGGCUCGAAUUCGGCGCUGGGAGGCGGCGACAAUAUUGUAGAGGCGUCCGAUAUCAAGACGGAGGAGGAGGAAGAUACUGCCGAGUUGGGCCACAGAGGAGGUGGAAUCGGAGGCGGAGGAGGAGCUCGCAAGGCGCGUUUUCUGCUGCGCAACAAGCGCCGGUCGCAGCUGCACGAGGAGCAAGUGCGGCAGUUGUUCGAACAGAAACGAAAUCGCAGCGAGCAGCAGCUGACGACUGCGGCAGCAGGUGAAUCCAUUUCUGGCGACAAUAUCAUCUCAACCAGCAGCAGUUCGGGCACGGGCGGCACUAACAAUAAUAACAACAAUAACAACAACAGCUGGGGCAGUAAACGACUGCCGGAGCGACUGGGUACCGCACAGGUGGGCCUGGCCGAGCAGUACGCGUUCAAUGAUCGCGACGAAGUCAACACGAACGCCAGCAAUGGACGAUGCUUUGUGACCAGCAAGAAUCUCAAGCUACUCAAGUACGAUGCAGUGCGUCGUGCCAAAAAGAGUCAUUCGCGCGUCACUCAGGCGAAAUACGCUCACUUCCAGACCUACGUCAACAAAUGGCUGCAGCAGCACGUCAGCGACCAGCUGCAGCAGAACUGCAUCGACUGGCUGCUGGGCAAGACAGCGGACCAGAUCAACGCCAGCGGCUGGGGAUCCGCCAGCAAGACCAAGACGGUGCAACAGAAGGACACAUCGAGGACGCCUUACCGCAUCUACAACCGGUACAAGGUGGUGCAGAGCGCAGUCAGCGGGUUGAUUGGUGGCGCUGCUCCAACUCCAGACGGAUCAGGUCCAGCGCUCAACUCUGCCCCACCGCCAGGCUCAGCAGCAUCGGCGGUGAGCAAUGUGCUGGCCCUGUCGGCGGUUUCAUCGACAUCAUCGCACUCCAUGUGCAACAGCAGCAUUUUGUCCGCGGACUCGACCACCAAUAAUGCCAAUGCGCCACCACAGCAGCAACAGCAACAUUGCAAUAGUGCGGCAGCGGCCGCGGCGGCCACUACAAAUGCGGAGGCACUGCAGCAGGUGCGACCCAUGGAGAGCUAACCGGCAAGGACAGCACCAACAGCAACAGUAGCAGCAGCAGCAGCAGUCGUCGCUGCUUGGCCCGAUUCAUUCACAUGACGGUGAGGUGAUGAAGAGGAGAAAAAGUAAAAGGAUUUGCCUGUAUUCGAUAGAAAGUUGAAAGUACGUUUUUAAAUGUGAUACCAGUUCCUGGACGCGGUCAUCGAGAUUGCAGCUAAACCGAACCCAUCAUCAUUGACUGGUAUGCAAGUCCGGCAUGGCAUUGGGCAUUGGAUAUUUGAUCGAAGGAAAGCUCUUUUUCAUUUUGUACAAAAAGUCAUUUAAUCUUAGGCGCUUUGCUCCUAACUAAGAAUUUUAUAGGCUUACUUUGCAUUACCUUAAGAACUAGUUUUACUCUGGCAGCGUCUUGUUUUAUUGAAGCGCUUUUAGCAUUAGGGUCUAAAGUCGAUAUAAAGCCACACACACACACACACCUUAAACACAAGACCACACACAUAAUAAGUCACGUAUAUUUUUAAAGUUUUGUGCACUGCAAACGGAUAGAAGAGACAGUUGUGCUAGUAAUUAGGAUCCAGAACACGUCUGUUUAGCGUUUUAAGAUUUUAUAAAAUCAAGCCCUUUUACUUUUACAUAUAUGUAACGUAUUUUUUAUACAAAUCAAACAAAACACCCACACACACACAAACCUUGUACAAUUCCUUGUGAAUACUAUUGAUUAUAUUUUACGCGUUUAAGGUCAUUAAAUUAAGUUGUAAAAACGUAAUGAGCAGAUUAAAACAAAAGUUUAUCAAAAGUGAAA